CAGGUUUGACCACUUGGUCUAUACAUGCAAUUAACUGGCUCUCGUGCAGGGGUUUUCUUGGCUAACACAAGCUACUUGUUAAAUUCUCUCUCAUGGGACGUAAUCUCUACUUGUAGAAGAAGGAAAAGAGAAUGUCACCGCUAAAGAAAUCAUGGUUGUUUGAAAUUUAACACUCAAUUAAGUUAAAUGCCUUCACCAAGCUUUUGCGUUUGGUGGCUGGCUAUCCAACUGCUCUCUCUCUCUCUCUCAAGUCAUCCUCAUUGCCUUAAAUAUCUUGCCAAAAGAAAGUCUGAUUCAUCCCUCGUUUCUUUUUUCCAAACUGAACCUACCUGAAUUGUGCAUUUAGUAUUUUUAUAUUAGGCAAAGGAGUCAUUUAAUUUGCAUCUGGUGGAUUCUCUACUCACCGGUCGAUUGAAAAUUUUGCUUGUCCAGAAUGGUAGGUCAUGUCCAGAUGGUUAAAAAGUGUAGAAAUGAGAGAGACUAAAGGUGGGUCAUCUAUAAAAUAUUUGACACAAGCGCUGUCAUUUUCAGGUUGAUCCUUCUGGGGCUUAAAUAUGCAUGCAAUUUAGGAUCCAACCUGACAUUUCUAAGGUUUGGUAUGACCUCAAAGUUAUAAAAAGCAACUCAAAUAUUAAUUAGUCUUGUUUCAUCCUUGAGCUUCAGUUUUUCUGCAAAACUUCUCCAAUGGCAUUGCCAUCGACGACCAGACUGAGGGUCUAUGCCUUUACUCUUGCAUGUUUGUCUGUAUUCUGCCGUAACUAUGGAACGGCCAACGGGCAAGUGACUCAGGUUGGAGGCAGUGGUGGAUUUAAUCAGCCGAGCGGCGGGAUAGGAGGGAUCGGUGGUGGUUUUAAUCCGUCGGGGGGAGGCGGGGCAGGAGGCGGAGCGGGAGGCGGAGCAGGAGGCUCCGGGGGUGGUUUUAAUCCAUCGGGAGGCGGGGCAGGAGGGACUGGUGGUGAGUUUUAUCCACCAGGAGGAGGCGAGGAAGGAGGGUUCGAAACGCCUGAAAUCAUUGCCAAAGCUUUGCUUUGCUUCGAUAACAAAUAUAUCUAUCAGAGCUGUGAGGAAUCCUAUAGGUUGGAUCACAGUGGAGACCUCCAUGUCCCUCCCGAAUAUACCGAUGAGUUUUGUCACGGGCCGUGCUUGAGCGAAACGAACUUGGUGCUCAAGUGCAUUGACGGGGUCUUGUCACACUACAUCUUUGACAACCAUGCGACGAUAAAGGACAUCCAAGAUACAGUUCACGAAGGGUGCAGCUAUGGACCCCAAAGAGGUGACUUCAAUGUGGCCGAGCACAUUCAAGCCCAAGGAGACGGUGCACCUAAGGAUGCCAAGCAGGCCAUCUUCUCCAUCCUGAUGGUGGUUGUGGGGGCGUUGCUCCUCCUUUGACAUGGACUGUUGGAACAAGAUGAUGUGCCUUAAAAGGGUGUCUUUAUCUGGUUUUGAUGUGGGCAAAUAGUAUGAAACGGUUACUGGAAUAUAGCAUACUUAAUACCUAGAUGGGAUGAUGAUGUGUAUGAUAUGAUGCAUGAGGAUUAGUAUAAGGGCACAGAUCAGCUUACUGCCGGCAGCUGCCGGUGGUUGCUACCCGUCACUGUGUCGCUCGUCUACUCGUUCUUUCUUUCACUAUGUAUUUGUGCGUUCAAUCGCAGCAUAGUCAUAUAGUAAACGAACCAGAUCAAGUCUACUUGUUCA